CGAUUUUAGUUUGAAAUUCACUCUGUUGGUUGCAGCAUCAUGUGGUUGCAGUGGCUGAUUAUCUGCCUCCCAGUGGCAAUGGCCACCAAGUGGUACGCCGGAGGACUGGAAUUUAACCAUCCCUCCACCUGGUUGGAUGACCACUUGCCAUGUGCCCAGGAUUUGGUAGUCUUUCCGGAAUAUUAUCCAGCCUUGUUGCCCCUGCCCGAGGAGAUAUCCAUUGAUGGUUUGGUUUUUCCGAGAGAGGGGGCGAUUCUUCUGGCCGAGGAGUCGACGAUUAGCUUUGGUUCCCCGAAGAAUUCGGAGUGUGAGAGUGAGGAAAAGAAGGCCUAUUUAAAGGCACCCAAAUCGAGUAAAUGGUUCGACCCUACCACCUGGACGGACAAGGCCAAGAAGGACAUUUCCCUGCCAGAUCUUGAAAGGAUUCCCUGCGAUGACGAGCAGGUUAUAAUCAAGGGUCACGGCCCUCUGGCCUUUGACCUCGAGAACGUCCAGCACCUGCGGAUGGGACAACUCAUCCUGGCCGGCUCCUCCAUCUCCAAAUCCUACUUGGAGCAACUCAUCGCGAGGGACUUGGGGCAAUUUCUCUUUCACAAUGCCGAGGACGUGCAGGUGGAGUACUAUCGAGGAGAGUUGUGUGGCUGCCACAAGGACUUCGAACGACUGGUGGAACCGGUUUGCCACAAUGUCCAGGAGCAGUGCGAAACGCCCCACUGCCUGUCGCCAGUUCGACCCCUGGGAUCGUGUUGUCUCAUCUGCGGGGCCACCCUGUCCACACCCAUCAAUCUUUGCACUGAGGGCGGUAAAAAGGAGAUUGUGACCAAGAUCAACAGCCUUAUUAGCCAGGAGAAUCUGAAGGAUCAGAUAGAGUUCCAUGUGGAGUUUGUGGGCUCCCAGCAGUUUGGUAACCACCUGCAGGCGGUGCUGACUGAUCGUCAUGGUUACAGUGAACGGAGCAUGGAGUUCCUGCAACAGCAGCUGGAUUACUGGAAUAGAACGGGCACUACGUUGAAGGUCUCCGGUCGUCCCUACAACCCAAAUGUGAGCUUCUCCUCGAUUGUUCUCAUCCUGUUCUGCAUGGCCCUGGUGGGCGUGGUUUCCAUGGUCAUUUUGGCCCACUUUAUGCCCGAGAAUCCCUACCUGAAUCGCAUUCCCCAGUGGAUCCACGAUCCGCGGCGCUGGAGGUGGCACCACUUGGGUGUGAGAUUGCGUCGCAAUCCGCUCUUCAGUCGCUUUGACAACGGAGGAGCAGGUAAUAUUGGUGGUUCCAGUGAAGGAGGUGCCUCCGGUGUGGAUCGCCUGGGCAUCAUGGCCUACGAUCCCGAAAGUGGCGAGGUGAGGGAGCGACGGGCCUUCGACAAUCCCAUGUUCGAGCAGGGAGCAGCUAUUGAGGUGGCCGCCAAGGAGUCGCAGGAUCAGAAGGAAAUCCUGGAUGCCCCGCGCAUGGAGACGGGUGAUCUGGACGCCAGCAGUGUGGUGGAUGAACAGGAGCUAACGGAAAUCAAUUUGGAGCUCUGCGGCCCGGAAACCGACGAGGAGACCAUCUAAUGGAUAAUAACAAUAAUUGUUACUUUAUAGGAACAACUAUUUCCUAAAACAUCAUUAAAUUUGCUGACGUAUAUAGAAAUUCCAAUUUAGUAAAAUAUUUAUCCAUUCACGAAUACUAA